AUGGAGAACAAAGCCAGUAUACAAAACAUCACAGUUCAAUACUGCUUUCCUGACAACAACUCUUCUUGCAGAAAGGAGCUCCACACUCCCACCAACCUGCUCAUCCUCUCUGUGGCUGUGGCAGAUCUUCUCAUGGGACUGUUUGUUAUGCCUGUGAAUAUCAUGCAAUUAAUAAAUUCCUGUUGGUAUCUUGGAAAAAUAGCAUGUACGGUUUCUAUAAUGGUCAGUUUUGUGUCAACAUCAGGGUCUCUCUGUAGCCUGGUGCUCAUUGCAGUUGAUCGGUACAUUGCUGUCACUGACCCUCUGCUUUAUUCUGUGAAAUUCACAGUUUGUAAAACAUUGUUGUUGAUAAUAGUGGGAUGGUCCUUUUUGCUGUUGUAUAUAUUCAUCUAUAUGUACUCUAAUAACCAUUUACUUCCAUCUCAAAUCAUCAGUACAUGCUAUGGAGAGUGUGUGAUCUAUGUUAAACAUUCAUGGGUUUUUGUAGACGUUGUAGUUUCUUUUCUAACCCCUUGUUCUGUCAUACUGGUUUUGUAUUCGAUCAUUUUUAAAGUGGCACGACGUCAAGCUAAAGCUGUUAGAGCUGUGAUGAACGGUGUCUCAAACAGACAUGGAGCCAAAGUUUCAAAUGUUUCUGAAACCAAAGCAGCAAAGACAUUAGCCAUUAUAAUAUUUGUUUAUCUUGCUUGCUGGAUACCUUACUUUUUAAGUUGUCUGUCAGUUGAAAAUUUGACAACUUCUUCAACAGUGUGGACUGUUUUUUCCUGGCUAGCAUAUAUGAACUCUUCCAUGAAUCCACUAAUAUAUGCCAUUUUUCAUCCAUGGUUCAGAGCAUCAUCUGAGUACAUUGUUACUUGUAAAAUUUUUUUGCACUCAUCUUCAAGGUUUAAUUUGUUUCCGGAGCAUUUUUAG